AGAAAAAAAUUGAGGGUUAUAUGUACAUACACUAAUGAGUCCUGUAGCGCAAUCGCUCAGUGAGCGCGCGGUUAAGUAGCAAUGGAAGGUGAUUUGUUGGAUCCAAAGGUAGGACCCAAUGAGCGAUCGCCUUUCCGCUCAUCUCUGUACGUUCAUCGCGCUGGUGUGUAGCCAGCUAGAUCUUCAAUUAUUAUAGCUUAAUCUCCUCUGGUUGCUGUGUGAUUAACUCUUCUUCAGUGUACAUAUAACCUUCAAGUAUUUUGUGAUAAAAUUUUACAUUAUUAAAAGUAAAUGAUAGUGAUAUCGUAAUCUUUACAACUGGCAAAGUACUGGCGAAACGCUAGGAAAGGCUGCAGGGCUGCAGUUUCCCUUAUGAAAGUUUGUGGCGCCAUUAAAAACUUAAUAUUUAAGUGCAUUGUAUUUCCGGACAUCCGUCAAAUUAUGUAAGAAUUCUUUAUUUAGGAAUUUUGUUAGGUAAAAUGCUCGCAGAGAUAUAUUCGUCUGCUGUAAAUUAAUAUAAACCUUCUUUGUUGUUUGUAUCUAGUUACGACGUUAAGCGUGGUGCAUGCAAGCGCACGCACAUGCAACUUCUUAAGUUCCACCUUCCACCUUCAUUUAUUUUGUUAAGUAAGCCAAAGUUGCAUUUGUUAUUCUGCAAUAAUUUAUCACGUACAAAUCGCAUGAAUAUAUCUUUAAUCGCAUAAUGUUUGCAUACGUAAAAUUUAAUACGGAAUGUAAAAGACAUGAAGACAAAAAUAUUGUUGAUGUUACAAAAAUUAAACAUUUUAAUUUAAAUAAAUGGAAAAAUAAGUACCAUAAAAUAAAGUGCGGUACGAGUUUCUGCAUGGGCCUCAUUAUAUUUGUAGAAGAUACUACUGAUGAAUUAAAGAAACUAAUUGCUACGAAAAGAGUCACAUUACCACCAAGAAAUAUAAGAGAAUCAGCAACAGAAACUGAUGCAGAAGAUAAUUUUACUGCAAAAAAGAAAGAAAAAUCGGAAGAAAUAAGGGAAGUGUUAAAACAAAAAAUUAAUGAUCUUGAAAAAAUAACAAUCAACGAAAUUAAUCAAGAAAAUCGAUCAAUAGGAAAUAAAAACAGAAAAUCAAACCAACAAUGCAUUUCAAAGGAUAAAUCUGAAAAAAAUGAAACAAAACGUACGACCGAAUGUAACAUUUUAUUACAUUAUAAUCUUGAAAAGGAAAACAAAACCUUGAAAUUACAAAUACUAGAAAAGAAUAGUAAAAUUGAUGAACAGUCAACACAGAUAAGAGAAUUAUCUACAUUGAAUAUUGAACUUCAAAAAAAUAUUAUUUCAUAUUUUGAUGAAUUUGAAGUAACUGCAGACAAAUUUGAGGAAGUAAAAAGCCGUGAAGGCACAGCGACACCUCCUGUAGGAUUUAUUCGAAAAACCGAUAAUACUAUACACUUGGGCAGGAACGUAUGGCUGUCCAAAUUAACAUACGAUGCUGCAUUUUUCAAUGCAAGGACAAAUCAAAUGAUAGUAAAAAAUCUGGCGGUUGCAGUCUUCGGGUUGAAAGUUCUACAAGAGUCUAGUGUGACUGAAAUGAAAUGCAAUAAAUACAAAGAUCGAAAGCCAAAGCCAAAAUUAAAUGAAACAAAGAUUCUCGCUAUUCAAGAUAUUUUUCAAUAUUGGCUAAGUAAAAUUAAAAAAUGUUCUGAAGUUGAAGUCCAAGUAGAAUGCAGCAAAGUACCUUUAUAUAUUGCACGUAAAAUAAGCGAUUUGAACAGACCAGCAAAAAGUAGUAAAAUAGAAGAGAUAAUCGACAUUGAAUUGAAGUCAUCCAAUAAUAUAAAAAAUGUUAGCAAGAAAAGAAAGUUUGAACAACUUGAUGAAACGACUGAUAAUGAAUCAGUAUCUGAUUCAUCUGACUCCCAGAAAGAUUAUAAUCAAGACUGCAAUCAGAGUAACAUAGCAAGUGACAAAAAAGAGACAACCAAUAAUGUAUUAUCAGUAUCUGACUCACAAAAAGAUUGGGACGAUGAAGGAAAAACGGCAAGUGAUAAAGAAGACAUUCCCAACAACAAAAACUUUUCUGACGAUAUGAAGGAUUCGAUUGUUUUGGAGAGGAAAUAAUUUUUUUUAUGACAACAAUAAAUACAUGUUUUUUUAUAAUUAUUUAUUACAUUAAUACCCUUAAGUUUUUAUAAAAUAUUAAUAAAAAGUUUAAAAACAGAUAAAGGAAUAACUUAGAAAUUAUGAUAUAUUAUCACGUUGUAGAUCCUUGAAAUCCCAAAAAUUAGUAAGGUAUAUUUUUGCAGUAAGAAAGGAAUAAUAUACAUACGUACGCGUUUAGCAAAAAAUAGUAUUAAAAAUUACAAAUUGCAAAGGAUCUAUAUAUGCAAAAACGGAAAGAAUUAAAGUAUAUAAUCGAUUUUUAACAAAGUGAUCUGAAUGUAUGUAUGUAGACGUAUAACGAUACGUUUUUUUAGUUAAACUAAUUUAGAGUUUAUUUUUCUCCUUCUAGUACGAAGGAAAAAAGAUAAACUAGUGCAAUCAAUUAAAAAAUCUUUUUUUGUUCUAUCUCCGCACGUACACGUUUUUGUAUUCGUUCACUUUACAGCAUUUAUAACUGGAUGUUUUGAAUUUUUGUAUAGUGCAUACAGAAACGGAUAGUUACAUCACCGUAUAGAAUUCCGUUGGAUACUGUUCGCGCCUCGGCGACGAGUUCGCUAGUGCCCCUGAGAUGGUAAGCAGAGAGAACGUUCGUAGAACAGGUGUUAAAUAAGAAAACGCACUGCAAUUACGUGUCACAUGGACUCAUCAUGAUGUCCGAGUCGUACGUCAAAAACAGAUAGUUACAUCAGCGCACAGAUUCGGAUAGUUCCGUUACAGAUCAGUUAGAUGCAGUUAGCUUUCUAUCCGUUUUUGCGUAUAUAAUCCCAUACAAUCUGCAACAUUUUUCAUCCGUUUCUAUCUGUAAAUACAGAAAAAAACCGCAUAAAAAACAGUCAAAAAGCUAUAUCAGCGCACAGAUUCGGAUAGUUCCGUUACAGAUCAGUUAGAUGCAGUUAGCUUUCUAUCCGUUUUUGCGUAUAUAAUCCCAUACAAUCUGCAACAUUUUUUAUCCGUUUCUAUCUGUAAAUGCAGGGAAAAAAACGCAUAGUAAAACAGUUACAAACGGAUAGGAUACAUUUUUUAUCCGUUUCUAAUGGAAUUUUUACCAGGGAUGACUUGAAGAUAUCUUGAAUAAGAUGUCUUUUCGAUUUCUACAAGAUAUCAAUGUUUAUUGGGGUACCUGGUCUGUAUAAAUUAAUUUUCAUGAAAAUGUCCAACAGGUACACGAAUAAUGAUCUGCAGAAUUAUAAAAACAUACUAUUGGCGACAAAUGCAUCCCAGUCCGAAAUGUAUAGUUGCCUCGACGUCGAAUCAAUGUCGAAAAUUUGAUAUCGAAUUAAAGUUGAGAUUUUGAUCGAAUCGACAUCAAAGUGAUACACAAUAUCAACCAAUCUUCAACUAUUGUUUCAACUUUGUUUCAACGUCGAAUCAAUCUUCUCUCAUUAAAAAAGAAAAUAUAUGUAUACAUAAUAAAAAUAUACUAAUUAUUUAAUUAUUUUCAAUUAACUCUACUCAGUGAAAAAUGGUGGAUUAAAAUGUCGAUUCAACAUCUUUUCGAACAUUAUUUUUCAUUGGUGAUCGAGUAUUGUAUCGAUAAAUAAUAUAAAAAAUAUGCAUUUAGUGAGAAAUAAUGAUCAAAAAUAUUGUUGCACUCUCUUGUUGCACUCUCUUGUUGCACUCUCUUUUACUGCUCUAGCACACACUCGCGCUCGCGCUCGGAAAAGAGAAGACACUGUACAAGAACGAGCUUGAAACACGACCGAACGCAGAGACGUGCCAAGAACAACAACGACACAACUUUUAACAACAUUCACAUGGCAACCAACUUCGUCUGUCACAGCUGACCGAGGCGAUCGAUAUAUUGAUUUCCACGAUAGCUGACUACAGCUGCCGUUCACAAUGAGCGCGAGAACACCGCGCUCAUAACAAUAUAUUUAUAUUUAUUUAUUAUAUAAAUAUAUUUCCAUACAUUUAUUAUAUUAUAUUUUUUUUAUAAAACAUUAAUUGCGUCAACAAAUGGAUUAUUUUGGCAGAUUAGAGCAUUAAAUUUUAAAUUUAAGUUAAAUAUAUUUUUUUAUAUAAGUAACAAUUGUAAAUUUUUGACAUUAUGUAUUAUAUAAUUUAAUUAGUAUUAAUAUUAAUAAUUUUAGUUAGUAGUAUUAAUUGAAAUUGCAUUUUUCAACAUAAUUGUAACGUAUAGUUUUAGAAUAUAUUUAUAGUUAUGUAAAAGACCAAAUAAAGUAGGAUUGAUUGGAAUUUUACAAUAAUUUAGAGAUAUUAAAUUAUUUAGAAAGAAA